AUGAAAGAAGUAGUUUCUCUUUUGUUUCUUGUUCUUCUUGUCUCAGUUUCAGAUGCAGAUCAAGUAACGAAACCAAAUGUUGGAAACUUCCUCGAAUGCAUUCGUAAUCGGACAAGUCCGGAAAAUCCGAUCACUGAAGCUCUCUAUACUCUCAACAACUCCACAUUCAUCUCGUCUUACGAGUCCUACACGAAAAAGAAAAUGUACUCAAACCCUAAUUACGUCAAAAACCUAAUAGCCAUUGUUGCUGCAAAACAUGAAUCUCACGUUCAAACAACAGUGAUCUGCUCAAAGUCAAACCGAAUCCAAAUCCGUAUCCGAAGUGGUGGUCACGACUUCGAGGGCCUUUCGUACAUCUCGUCCGUGCCUUUCGUUGUCCUCGACAUGCACGAUCUACGAUCCAUAACCAUUGACGUGCCACACAAGAAAGCAUGGGUUCAAUCUGGUGCAACUUUGGGAGAGCUAUACACCAAAAUCGCUGACGCUAGCAAAACGCUAGCGUUUCCAGCCGGCGUUUGCCCUACGGUAGGAGUGGGAGGACACUUCAGUGGCGGAGGAUACGGGAAUCUAAUGAGAAAAUACGGAAUCUCCGUCGAUCACGUCGUUGAUGCUCAGUUAGUAGAUGCCAAUGGAAAGAUCUUGAACAGAUCAUCUAUGGGAGAAGAUCUGUUUUGGGGGAUUCGUGGCGGUGGCGGCGCGAGCUUCGGCGUUAUUCUCUCUUGGACAAUCAACCUCGUCGAGGUUCCAGAGACCAUGACAGUGUUUAAGGUUAACAAAACAUUGGAACAAGGAGCUACUAAUGUUCUCUUCAAGUGGCAGCUUGUGUCGUCUAGCAAAUUGCCUAGAGAGCUUUUCUUGAGAGCAAUGCCUCAAAUCGUAAUAGGAGAAAAAAACGGAGAUAAAACCAUUGCGGUUAAGUUUUACGCUCAGUUCCUAGGCUCGGCAAAGAAGCUAAUGGAGAUUAUAAACAAGAACUUGCCUGAAUUAGGGCUAAAACGUGAAGAUUGCUACGAGAUGAGCUGGAUUAACACGACGAUGUUUUGGGAGGAUUAUCCGUUUGGAACCAACACGAGCGUUCUUCUUGACAGACCAACGAACCCGCCAAGUGGAUUCUUCAAGAACAAAUCGGAUUACGUCAAGAAACCGAUACCGAAAGAAGGACUGGAGAAGAUUUGGAAAACGAUGUUGAAAUUCAACAAUGUGUGGAUGCAAUGGAACCCUUACGGCGGAGUAAUGGAUCAGAUUCAGGCGAACGCGACCGCGUUUCCUCACCGGAAAGGAAACUUGUUCAAGAUUCUCUACUUUGCGUUAUGGUCUGACGCAAACGCAACGGACGCGAAUCUAGGUUUGAUGAAAGAGCUUUACAAAGUGACGGAGCCGUACGUGUCAAGUAACCCCAGAGAGGCGUAUUUGAAUUACAGAGACAUUGAUGUUGGAAGCAAUCCGAGUGAUGAGACGAAUGUUGAUGAAGCUAAGAUCUAUGGAUCAAAGUUUUUCUUGGGGAAUCUCGAAAGAUUGAUGGAAGUUAAAGCUAAGUAUGAUCCUGAGAAUUUUUUCAGGUACGAACAGAGUAUUCCUCCUGUUCGUGCAAUGUAA